GCCAAUCAUGGCGGCUGCUUGUGAGAGGCUGGACGAACUUGUGAAAGAUUAUCUCCUUUACCGUGGUUUUACUGCCACAGUGAAGAUUUUUGACCACGAAAUGAAGCACGAUAAAGACAAAGGGCUCAGAGCUGACAAGAUUGUUGAUCAGCUGCUGGCAUAUAUUAAUGCCUCUGACCUGUCCCAUUUUCGUGAUUACUGGCUUUAUCUUAGCCAAAAUUUUUUUUCACGUUUAGAUCAACGAUACAGUGUCAGUGUGCGGAAGUUGGAGGUCAGUCUUCUGAAGCUAUACCUGGUUACAGCUCAGAUGUAUAACCGAAAAGAUCAAAUUCGGGAAGUCUUUGAGAAGCUGAGCUCAGAUCUUCAGAAUCAACAAGAAUUUAAGGAAUGGUUUGCAUUUCCCUUUAUAGCAAAUCCAGCAGAAAACAGCAGCUUUGGCUUGUAUUUCACUCGACAGUGGCAAGAGACUCUGACGCUGUCUUUGCACAACUUUCUGCAAGUCAUCCUGCAAGCUAUGCCAGUUCCAAUUCUUCUGAAUUUUGAUCAUGACUACCGACAAAUGAAAACUCUGCAAGAAGAGAAUGACAUGUUGAAAGAAAAGCUGCUGCAAGGAGGCCAGGGCAUGGAUAAAAAAGGACUGGAGUCCAGAUCAGCCAAGUCGGGCAUUGUGAUGGCUUCUCAAGCUGUACCUGAGCUAAUCUAUGAUUUCUCUGGACUGGCCAAGGAGACGGAGACUGUGACUGCAAAGCAAAAGUCCUCACGGCGGUUUCCCAUAACCCUUGCAUCACCACUAAUGAGGAGAAGCAAGUAUGAAAUGCCAGCUGAUAACACCUCACCUCCAUUAAACAGUUACAAACUGCAGCAAAAACACAAAGCAGUCACACUGCAGCCUGAUUCGCGUUCUUUCAACCAGUCAUUUAAUAAUUGCACCUCGACAAUCCCAGCACCAGUGGAGAGGCCAGUACUUCAGCCUUCUGUGUCAUUUCCCGGAUCAUCCUUGAUCAAAAAGUUUCCUGGAAUGGGCUCCCCCAGCUCAGCUCACAGAGGACAAUCUGUGGUGAGACAGGAUUCUUCCAGUAAUUUGGAGCUUCAACAAGUGGUGCUAAUGGGAGGCCAGCAGACAUCAAUAGAACAUGAAAUUGUUGCUAGCGGACAUACCAAAGGUGGGAAGGAACUAAUCAGCUUUCCGCCAUACAACAGCCCUCAGUCAGAACUGAGUGCAUCGCAAGCACUUGGUGAUGAAAAGCUACUGCUUGAAAAAGACAAGUCUGCCAGACCCCUGUCUCCAGUCCAGGUGCCCUUUGAUGUUGAGGAAACUGCAGAAAUGUUGGCUGCAGGCAGUGACCAGGAGCUUCAAUGUAUUGAUGUUUUGCGGUUACAACAAACAGGAGAAAAGUCAGGUGCAUCAUGUCCAUUCUUAAGACUGAACGAGGAUGUUUACAAGGAGCACCAGUCCAGCAUUUGUUGUAGCCGGUUUAGCCUGAGUGGUCAGCAUGUAGCCAGCCUAGACAUGGAUGGCAUAGUCAAGGUGUGGUCCUGGAGUCCACAGCCCUCUACAACAGCCACAGUUAUGUCUCGCUCACCUUUCUUGUCACUGGACUGGGCAAGCAAGUCAGACAGAUGGCUGUUGUUGGGAAAUAAUAACGGCUGCAUUCGACUGUUUGAUACACGAGAAUUAAAAACUUUUGGAGAGGUGACUGUAGAACCGCCCUUUCUCAGCGUGCGCCACUUGACUACUUGCCCAGCCUCUAUGAGGUUUGCCUCAAGUUUGGUCACCAUCGGUACAGUACCCAGCAAGAAAUCAGAGAGUGGCAGAAUUGCAUGCUGGGACCUCAAGACCUUGAAACAUGUGCAAUACUUGACUGUGGAGCCCGAGCCGGUGGCAAUAAACUGCUGUGUGUACAACUUCACCGGCCAGACCCUCUUACUGGGGGGGUCUGAUGGGGUUGUACGUCUUUUUGACACUUCUCAAGGAAGAUGUGUUUCAAGCUGGAAUGCCCAUAAGAGUCCUGUGCAAACCUUGUAUUAUGGCCAUCGGGAAUCUACCUUCUUUAGUAUGGGUCUGGAUAACAAGCUGAGUGAAUGGAGCCUCAACAAUCCAAAAGAACCGCUGAGACAGAUUCUUGUCAAGAGUGGAGACCAUUCUGCAGGCUUAACAAAGAAGCAGAUGUCAUCUUCUGCAGCACCUGUUAGUCAGUUAUUCAGCUUGAGCAAGAACAAGUCAUACCUAUUGACCUUCAUCAAGAACAAAGGUGUUGUCUGCAAGGUACCUGAGGAUAAAACAAACUUCUAUGCCCUCAUGGAUCUAAGCUGUCAUGAAGAUUUGGUCACAACAGUUGACUGGUCACAAUGUGCAGACACUGAUGUCUGUCUGACUGGUACCAAAGAUGGACAGAUAAACAUCUGCACACUGCUGUACCAUUGAACAGACUGCAGCUGUAUUGUUCUGGACCAUUGCAGCUGUACACUGACUUGCAUGUUUGACACCAUUCCCAAAAGGUCUUAAGGAACAUCUGUAACCAAUGUAUAUGACUGGACAAGUAUCUACAUGACUGGGGUGAUGCUGUAUGUGUGAGAUAUAUCACAAGUAUCUACAUGAUAUGCUGUGAGAUACUUGUCACUAGACAAGUAUUUACAUGACUAGAUGAUGCUGAUGUUAGAUGCCUGUCGCUCGACAAGUAUCUACGUGAUUGGGGUGAUGCUGUGAGAAAGGGGGAAAUGGUGUUUUACGCCAUGCCAGCAACUGAGGCUAUAUUACGGCAAGGCAGGCAGCCCUGUAAACAGAUGCCACAUGCAGAGAAAGAAUGAUGCUGUGACAUACUUGUCACUUGACAAGUAUUUACAUGACUGGAUGAUGCUGUGAGAUGCAUGUCAUUAGACAAGAAUUUCAGAGAACUCUUGAAAAGAAUAACAAGCAGUAAAAACAUAAUAAUGAUUUAUUUCAAGAUAAAAAAAAAAUGUAAAAUAAAAAUAUUAUAUACCAAGACUUUUGCUGUCAUCAUGUUCAUCGGUUCAGAUCUUGCCUCUGGCACGUAUAAUUUCCUCUCUUGUAGCACAAGUUUAUAAGGCCUUUUGUGAUAUAGCCUUAGUUGCUUAUUUAUUUUAAUACAACCAACUCUACAUAUCAACCAGUAUUGUAUGAUCUCCUUAGUAUGCCUGUUGCAGAAAUGCAAAGCCAUCAAGAUAGUUCUACAAAACAGAGCAAUUAGCACACUGACAACUGUAUCAAGCACCUUUCAGCCCUUUUAAAUUCUGCAUGUAUCGAAUCUGUAACUAAAAAGUAUUUUUUUCACAUGUUCAAUAGAAGGACACACCUAAUUCAUUUUGGAUUUGCAAGUUAUGUGUCAGACAGGAAGUUCAUUUCUGCACUUUCUUUUUUUUAAAUUACAAUUUUGAUUUCUCACAUCAUUGAUUUAUCAAACUUCAAGGCUAUAGUCUCUUUAACUUAAUGUUAGAAAAGUCUUGGUGGGCUUAAGUUCACAAAGAUAGAAUAUGUUGCAAAAGAUUGAACCGCCAAAUGUGAUCUAUGUGAGCUGUCAUCUGGUGCUCAGGUCACUGAGGUCAGCAGAGAACAUACUUCUUGCUAGAUGUAGACAUGUAACAGUUUACUUUAACUCUGUUCAUUGAGUGCUAUCAUGAUGAAGAAGGUUUAUGAGAAAAGUUUAAUCGUCUUGAUUUAUUUAGGGAUCAGUUAAUUGAACAAGAGUAUGAUCUCAAAUUUUGUUUGGAUGACUAUCACCUGAGCUUGAUAUAGUCAGAAUAAAUUCUUACCAUACACUGGAUUUAGUUCUGAGGGUUUCCAACUCCCUCUCUUCUCCCCUAAAUCAUAGUGGUGAUCACAAGGUCAUUCAAAUGAAAAAACUGAAGCUCCAGAAAUACCAGAAGAACAUUAAUGCAGGAGAUUCAUUGGUGAUUUAGGUCCACUUAAUCCAAAAGAAGACAGUGUUUUUGUACAAAAAUUGCUAAUAGUCAAGUUCCCUACCUUUUUUGUGUAUUAGGAUGGAAAAAUUAGUAACUAAUUCUAGAAUGUCAUGCAGUUGUGGUUAUAUAUUAUGUAAUACAAUUUCUGAAAAUAUGUAUAACAAAAACUCUGUGUUGCAUAACAUUAUUGUCAGUUAAUUUUCAUGUCUACAGGAUUGUGGAUAAUUUUUUUUUUCAACAGUCAACAGUCAGUUUAGACAUUGGCUUCAAAUAAAAACUUUACCUAAAGCA